GCGAAACCAGUUCUCGGCACCAACGAUAUUCUUUUUCUACUCAUACAUCAUUGGGCACGGGAUACAUCUACAUUCCCAAUUGAAAAUCAGCACUUGGCACUUGUUGUUUUAUACGGAAAGCUAUCUAAAAACAAUUCUACUUGCCUAAGUAACAAUGAGGACUUGGAUAAUAAGGAUUUAAAGGAUUCUGAAGAUAAAAUAAACUUUAUCGAAAAUGAAAAACUAAAUAACCCUAAUUACAAUCAAUAG